UCAACGCGCGCGCCGAGUCAUCGCUUGACCGGUUUUAUUUACGUACGUUAGCUGGAUCAGGGGAAAAUUUCCUGUUUAAAAUCUGUAUAUAAGAUUGCCAGGUGAGAUAAUAGCACAGUGUUUAUAGUGACGGUGCAUGAAUAACUUCGAAAUAACAAUGAAGACAGCAUUUGCUCUAUGCGUAUUGGUAGCGGUGGCAGUUUGCAACGCACAAGACACGUACAACCCGCAGUUCGACAACUUCAAUGCUGAAGAGGUUGCGGGAAAUAUCCGCCUUUUGAAAAAUUAUGGAAAAUGCUUCCUAGAUCAGGGGCCUUGCACUGCUGAGGGAUCAGACUUUAAGAGGGUCAUACCAGAGGCACUACAAACUACAUGCGGCAAAUGUACGCCUAAACAACGAGUAUUGAUACGCACCGUAGUUAACGCCUUCAAAACAAAACUACCUGACAUUUGGGAGGCUCUAGUUCAAAAACAUGAUCCCCAAGGUAUAUACAAAGCUAGCUUUGAUGAAUUCCUCAGUUCACAAGACUGCGUACAUUGCGAGAUGAAGUCCUUCUUAGUAUUAUGUGCAGUGGUGGCACUUGUCAUCGCAGAAGAGAAGUAUACUACUAAUAAUGACGACUUUGAUAUCGAAGCAUUGAUUGUCAACGUACCCGAGCUUAAAAACUUUAACACCUGCUUCGUUAAUGACACAAACUGCAAUGACGUUAGCAGUGACUUCAAGAGAAAUCUACCAGAAGCAGUAAGAGAGGCAUGUGCUAAGUGUACAGAUGUACAGAAACACAUCUUUAGAAGAUACUUGGAAGGUCUGCAGGAGAAAUUGCCCCAGCAGUUCGAAGAAUUCAGAAAGAAGUUCGAUCCAGAAGGAAUUUAUUUAGAACCAUUGAAAGCUGCCUUAGCAAAGGCAUAAGCAUAUCGUAUCAUAUCAUAUAUCUUAUAGAGAGUAAAUGGGAAAUCAUUUAAUGGUAGACUAUCAAUGAAAUUCAACACCUCUUAUAUAAUUUUUUUUUUGGGAAAAGUGUUAAGUUUUUCGUAUAGAAUCAUUGCAUCUUGUACAAGUGUAUUUCAAAAUUUUUUUACAAGUUCUGAGAAAUGUCAGAAGUUUACUAUACAUCUAUUUACUUUAUGCUGUAAUUUUUAAAGGUUUUCUUGGUUUUAUUUACUUACCUACAAAUAUCAAUAAAUUACAAUUUGA